CGAGAAAAGCAAAGAAAUGCGAAGUCCAUUGUUCAGAUGUCGGGGAAUACGACAUUUCUCACAAAUCCUGACGACCCUAGUGAUCCCGUCAAGAAGUUUACUUAUGAUCACAGCUACUGGUCACACGAUGGUUACAAAGAGCUUCCCAAUGGAUACUGCACACCAGAUCAGACUCAACCAAAUGGAAGCAAGUUUUGUGAUCAGGAAAGAGUGUAUCGUGAUCUCGGCCGUGGAGUACUGCGGAAUGCUUGGGAUGGGUAUAAUUCUGCUCUGUUUGCAUAUGGACAAACUGGAUCAGGAAAGUCGUGGUCAGUAAUUGGUUACGGAGCAAACAAAGGCAUAGUACCUAGGUUUUGUGAGGAAAUGUUCAGAGGCAUUGAAGACAAAAAAAGGGCUGGUGACACUACUGAAUUCGAAGUCCGAUUCAGUAUGCUAGAGAUAUACAAUGAAAUUGUUCGAGAUUUGCUAAAUCCUGGCGGAGAUCGGAAAAGAGGUCUAAAAGUUCGAGAGCAUCCUAAAAAAGGAUUCUACGCGGAGGGUUUGAAACUUUCAAUGGUGACAAGUUAUAAAGAGAUCGAGAGAAAAUUAAACGAAGGUACUACCAACAGGAGUAUCGCUUCUACAAACAUGAAUGCAACAAGCAGUCGUGCUCAUACAAUUGUUGGGAUUCAUCUUGUUCAGAAGGGUAAAAAGGGUAAUGGACAGGAAACUGCAAAAAGCUCCAUCGUUCAUCUUGUGGAUCUUGCUGGAAGCGAGAGAGCAGCAAACACUGGAGCUACAGGUGAUAGAUUAAAAGAAGGAGCAGCUAUUAAUCAGUCUCUGUCCUGCCUUGGGAACUGUAUACACGCUUUGGCGGAAAGAGCGAUGGGAAAGAAUACGAGAGUUCCUUUCCGAGAUUCUGUUCUCACUCGUCUUCUAAUGAAUGCUUUGGGUGGCAACAGUAGGACAAUCAUGAUCGCUUCAAUAAGUCCUGCGGAUAUCAACUAUGAAGAAACAUUGUCUACGUUGCGUUACGCUGAUCGGGCAAAACAGAUCAAGACAGUAGCCAUAGUCAAUGAAGAUCCUACAGAAAAACUGAUUAGGGAACUACGUCAAGAGAACGAGCGACUGAAAAGAAUGCUCGAGAAGGGAGCUAUGGAUGUUCCCAUCCAACCUGGCAUGACUGAAGAAGAAAUCGAAAGAAUGAAGAAGAAAUGGGAAGAGGAAAUGCAUGCUGCAAUGGCUGAAAACGAUAGAGAUUUGCAGCAAAUCAAACAGUCUUAUGAUGACAAACUGAAGCUUUCUAGGCAGCAAAAAGGAUUCGAAUGGGAUAUAGCGAAAAUAGAGAAAGAAAAAAAAGUGCGUCCUCAUUUCACGAAUCUGAACUUUGAUCCAAUGCUGUCCGGAAAAAUUGUUCAUCUGUUGAAAAUGGGCGAGAACAUCGUUGGAAAAACUGAUCAAGCUGAUAUUCAGCUUUUAGGUCCAAGCAUUCAAGAAAGGCAUGCUAUUGUAAACUACUUAGAACAUGGUGGUGUAACACUUGAAAAAUGCCAUAGUGAAUGCCGUAUUUUGUUGAACGGAGAGCCACUCACAGCAAGAGCUUUACUAUCUCAUUGUGACAGGAUAAUGUUUGGCACAACGCAGUUGUAUGUCUUCAUUCAUCCGGAUCAAAUGAAGAAAACUGGCAAAAAGUACCCUGAAGUGACGUAUGAAAUGGCUCAGGAGGAAAUUGCUGCAAAGGCUGGCAUUUCAGUGGAUGGAGAUGAUCAAUCUUUAGAUACAGCUUUAUUGAACAAAGAUUUGUUAGAAGUACUUCCUGGUGUUGAAGAGGCCAAUGCAAUUAGUGAGGAACUAGACAAGAAAGUUAAAUUUGAAAUAAUGCUUUUGUCUCCACAAUGGCUAGGAAAAACAUCUGGGAGAACUGAGGUGUAUGUCAAGAUGCGAAAUCUAGAAACUGGAGUCGAAUUUGAGUGGCCAAAGGAUAAAUUUCUAAACCGAAUGUAUGUUAUGAAAGAAAUGUAUCAGAAUUACGAAUCUGGAGAGGAAUGGGAUGUAGAGGAGGACAGAGAUCCGUUUAUAGAGGAUCUAGACGCUGAAGUAAGAAUUGGAAGCGUACAAGUGUUUCUUCAACCUCUUGCUUACAUGGUGGAGCUGAAAGAACAACUAGAAAUUGUUGAUUAUAAAGGAGCUGAAGUUGGCAUCAUGAAUAUAGAAGUAGUACCUUGCACUGCUCAAGGCAAAGAGUAUACAGAGCACGAUGACAUGUUUGUCGACAACCCAAAUGAGUUGAUUGGAAAGGACCUUCAUUUUAUGGUAAAACUUUUAGGUUGCAGAGGAUUACCUUCGAGAUUUAAUGAUAUAAGAUGCAAGUACAAGGUCUAUUUAGAUACCGAAGACAAUACAACAGAAGUUAUAUCGGAUACAUCAAAUCCAGAUUUUAAUCACAAAAGAUUGUUUUCAUUUAAACGAGUCACUCAGUCGCUGGUAGAAUACUUAAAAGAAGGCUACAUAAUGGUCCAAGUAUGGGGCAAACAGACGGCUCGAAAGUCCGCAGUCACGAGAGCUCAAGGAAAAAAUACCAAAGAAAUGUUUCAAGCAGAUUUACUCAAUAAUGCUAACACACUUAUGAAAGGUUUCCGGAUGAACGGAAGGGUGGUAGAUCCUAAUAAGCAAAGCAUAAUUGUAGAGCUUCUUUUGAUGAAGAAACAACAACACCGGCAGCAGCAAAGAUUGGAAAAUAUUCGACGUAUGAUUGAUAUUGCUGAAACACAUAAGAAAAAAAAGCUUCCCGUGAGCUUAGUGAAAGAUCUGUAUUCAACAACAUCAGCAGAAGUGGCCGAAGAGUUGCUUCAAAAAGUGCCUUCAGCAGUUGAUGACGCAGAUGCUGAAUCAUCUAUAUGUUCCCUUCUAUAACGUUUACAUUUCCUAGGAGAAGUAUAUAUAGUCAGAGAGAAUUAUAGUCUUGUAAAAAAUAAAUGAACUAACUAUUCACAAGAACAGAAAGACUUGUGACAGUUUUUAAUUAGUAUUUUUCAAUUGAAAAAUUUACCGUUUGAGUUUUGUAUGGCUUCCAAGAUGAAGAAAUUAAGAUAUUGCUUGCGACUGUAAGAAAGAUUUUGUAUUGAAACAAAGCUAUUUUAUAUUAGAAUUGAUGAUUUGAAAUAUGAUACAGAAUGCAGGUAUCCUGCAUGUCAACUGAAAUUUUUUUCAUGGGAAUUUCUUGCUGUGAAUGAAACUUUUGAUUUAGACAUUUCAAUGUAAACUGAAUUUGAAAUGUAAAAAUUCAUGUUUAAGUGAAAACGAAUUAUUUAUUUAUGUAAUAUAUUUGUGUUAAUUUUUUUAUCAUAAAAGCAUCUUAUAAAAUCUGAACUAACUUUUUCUUACAUCACGUUAAAAUGUUAUCUAUCGUUUAGUAAGGAAUCUUUAUACUAUUAUGUAUAUAUAAAAUGUAUGUAUAAAAGCAAUA